AUGUUGAAAGAGGUACAGUGGCACCUAACGACGACUCAGUGCCGCAGUCGCCUUAUGGAGACUUAUCCAACAUUCUGGAGAAGCUUCGAAUGCACGUAAGCAUAUGCAAUUCAAUCUCAUUUAUUUGCCUAAAAAGUUGUACACUGUUUCAGAUUGUGAAUUGGAUUGCCAAUGCAGACCACGAACAGUCACCCUGUCCCUUCAAUGUAAGGUCACGUCAGAAGGGAGAGAAAGAAUGUGAAGCAUCCAGGCACGUUUCAGGUGUGCAGGACCAAAUACGAGUUGCUGUUGUACCCUGCUGCCAUGUCGUGCGCGACGAAACAUCUCGGCCGCGUCAGACGUUCUUUCUCUUUGGAGUAGAGAAAGACCAAAGAAGAUGGUCUGUCCUACGUUGCGAUCCCCAUCUGCAAGAGGAAGAACGUAUUGCUGAGAUGCAAAAACGCUGGUGGGCCUCCUACAGUUUGGUAAAUGGUGAGUUUUUCGGCACCUAUACGCCUUCCUCAGCACAUAUUAUUUUAUUGAAGUCAUUACUCGUGUGCAGGAUUGUAAGCCUCUCUCACCGCAGUAAAUAUAUGUUCCAUAAAUCAGGAAGGCAUAGACAUUUGAGCAUUUUCAGUUUUUUAGAUCGUCUACUACCUUACAGCUGCAAGAAAUGAUCCAAUUAGAGUGCUGGGCAAGUAAAGCUUUUUUGUCGCGAUCGGCGUCUGCUUUUUAAUAGCGGAGCAGACAGGUUAUCAGAACCUCUUGCCUUGCACCUCAUCCGAAAACUUUCUUUUUUUUACGUUUUCGCCCUCUCGAAAGAGAGCAUUUUCGUGGUUGGAGGAGGAAAGGACUCAAGACGUGUUGAGGAGCUUUUGGUGAGCGAAGGAUGCUGGCGCGAGCGGGCGCCUCUAAACGUUCCACGCUGGGGUCACGCUGCCGCAGUCCUAAAGGUUGAGGCUGUCGCCUCUGCUGUUGCCGCCGCUGCAAACGAAAAAAUGACUCUGAUUGGUGUUUUUGGCGGAUGUUUAAAGGAAGGGAACACCUGGACACAUAUUUCCGCUUGUGAAGUCUAUGACAUCAGCCUGGACAGGUAAGAAAACAAUCGUCGUUCUAGAUCUAUUUUACGAAAAGUAACUACUUCCCUCACUUGUCAAUUCGUCUUUCAAUAGUUGGCAAAAACUGCCCAAUCUGCGGGAGAAGAGGUGGAGCCCAGCCGCUGCCACCCUACCCGGCGACAAUCGAUUCUUCGUUUUUGGAGGCUUUGAUGGUUCCUUACACCUAGCUUCCGUAGAGUUCUGUCAUUUAGCAGCGAACUGGCAAAAGCAGGCGACUUCACUAAGUCCAAAUGAAUUUUGGCUGCCAGCUGCCCCCAUGAGAACCACCAGGUCAGGGCUCGCAGCGACACACUUUCGGGGAAGAAUCCUGGUCGCCGGUGGGUAUGAUAGCCGAAGGCUUAUUAAGAGUGUGGAGAUGUUCACGCCGCCAGACGCCAGUUGUUGCCUCGGCCAGUGGACAGAGUUAUCUGGCAUGAAGGAGCCUCGUUGUUAUUUCACUCUUCUAACUUCCUCCGACAGGAUCUUUGCUAUCGGCGGUAAUUUCUUUUACAUUUUUUUAACAGUAGCGCACAAUAUCUUGCAUUUGUUUCUUAUCAUACUAUCUCAUAUUUCCAACCCAAUGCCCAAUUGUUAUAAAACAGAAAGAUUAAAGCACCCACGUGCGACUCAGUCUGCAAAUGUAACCUGACGGUGCGUUCGACAUAUUUUCACGAGCACCUCGCCAUUAGAGCUAGAAGAAGUCGGUUGGGCCUUCAAAGCGACUCAUUUCUCUAAUCUCUAUUCUCUGGUAUAAAUUCCUAUUAAUUGUUUACGAUUUGUAGGCAACGACGACGAACCGAAAAACACGGUGGAGGUUUUUACUACAGUAGAAUGUUCAGCUGACAUUGAUGACUACUUGACAUCUUGGAUGUGGUCGCCCUUGAAGCCUUUUGAAACGCUUCACCGGAUUGUUGGAGCUGCUGGGAUUCGCAUGUAA